AUGUACAACGCCAGCGACAGCAUCAUCACAGGGAAUCCGGCAUGCACCAUCUGCAAUGCAACUCCAGCGCAAUGCUUCAACACAACACAGCGGAUGUGGCCGGAUCACUGUGAGUUUGACGGGGACAGCGACCUGGAGUUGGACAUACCAUCGGAGCUAGUCCAGAAAGGAAGCAACAAGUUCGUGGACGCCUACAGUGCCUUUGCGGACAACACCAACAACUUGCAGACGCCCCUGGAUGACAUACUCCAGGGGAAGGGGAUCGAGACGCUUUUCAUCGCCGGCAUCGCCACGGAUGUCGUUGUGGACUACACGGUCCGCGAUGCCGUCACGCGCGGAUACAAGGUCGUAGUGGUGGGCGAUGCGACAGCUGGCAUCUCUCCCCAAACGGAGGCAGCUGCCUUGGAGGCAUUUGCCGGGCUCGACGGCGUGCAGGUGGUGAACACCACGGACGUCAUGGAUUUUUAA